CUUGUUUCAAAAUUUAAAUAAAUAUCUUACGACAAUCUCUAAAGCUUUACUGCUGUUUGUUUAUUGCGAAAAGUACUGCUGCAUUCAUAAACGAAGUUAAAUAAAAAUAGAAUUGUGUUUUAUUCUCUUCUUAUCGUUAAUUAAAUUUUUUUUUUUAUGGAAGGAGCUGAAUCCGAUUCGGAUGAUUGGGUUAUUAAUUGUAGUGAUGAGGAAUUAGUAUCAACUUCGGAAACACAGGAAUCUUGGGAGCCAAGUCCACAAGAAAUAUUGAAUAUGUAUGAAAUUCUUGAAUCCAACAGUGUUUUGGAGUUAGAAUGGCGAUGUCCUGGCCGAAGAUCUCCAAGUGUUAAUUCUAAUAAAUCAGAUUUGUUAGAGAAAGGUUCAAUAUCGGAUGAAGAUAGCAAUAAACAAGUGGAGCCAAAUGAAUUUGAUUUUGAUGAUGAAUUUGGUUCAGAACGACCCUCCUUGAAGUUAUCUGCCCGCAAACGAAAUAAUGCUACCAGUGCACAAAAAAGAGUUGCAAGACUAGAUAAAGUAAUGUUUGAUAUCCAAAGACAUCGUAAACUAGAUGAACUGGAAUUGCAAAAAAGUUUAUCAGACUCUACUUGUUCCAGCCCUUCUUCAAAAACUGAACAAAAGACAUCAUGAGUGCGUUGUAUACCUUGCACUUAAUUCUUAAUUUAUGAGUUCAUAUUAUCGUGUAAAUAUAAAAUUUGUUAGUGCCCAUGCCAUUCAUUAUUGUAAUUUGUAAUUAUUGAA